AUGAGUACCUCUACUAUCCCAUCCAGCUUAUUUGAAAGCCUCUACGAAAAGCUGAGUGUGGUCUUACAGCUCACUCAGUCAUCCGAGGGAGUCACGACACCGCAAGCACGACAAGCACUCCUCCAAGCUACAAACGACUUCAAGAAUGCCCUUUCACAAGCCAAGGAUUACGCAUCGAGCUUACCUGGAGGCGAGCUGUCCGUGAUGGAUCAGGAUGAGGUCAUUGAGAUGCUGACGAAACUCAAAGAACAUAAGAGGGAGCAGCUUGCUCAGUUUUCAUCGCGUGCACUUGGGUCGGAUCAGCCCACGGACAGUACAGAAGGGGGUACCAUGGACAUCGACUCCACCGCGUCGACUCCAGUCGCAUCUUGA